CUGACUGCAGAAAUGCAGACGAAACUUAGCUGUCAACCGUCAACGUAAACGUUCAGUUUUCCGUCAUGCAAAACAAACGAUAAAACAUAAGAUUGUACCUUUUAUCAACGUCUGAAAAUGUCGCAUCUGAGUUUAGAAGAACUUGAGCUCAUAGACGAACCGAAAUAUAGAAAUUACAUUAAUUCUGUGGAUAAAGCAUUGAAAAAUUUCGAGUAUACUAGCGAAUGGGCCGAUUUGAUUGCUGCACUUGGCAAACUUAACAAAGUUCUCCAAAGUCAUUCCAAAUUUAAUAUAAUUCCAAGAAGAGUUAUAAUAGCAAAACGACUUGCUCAGUGUCUCCAUCCAGCACUUCCUAGUGGUGUUCAUUUGAAGGCUUUAGAAACAUAUGAUCUGAUUUUCAAGCUUGUGGGUGCUGCAAGACUUGCAAAUGAAUUGUUCAUAUACAGUGCAGGUCUUUAUCCACUUCUUGUAAAUGCUGCAAUCAAUGUGAGGCCAGUGCUGUUGUCCCUUUAUGAGAUACAUUUAGUACCAAUUGCAGAAUAUCUAAAACCAGGUCUAAGUGGAUUUUUAAAUGGAGUUCUUCCUGGAUUGGAAGAAGGUGCUGACCAUUAUGAUCGCACUAGCACACUUUUUGACAAAAUUUGCAAUGGAGUUUCUGCAAAUUUUUUCUACGGUUGCCUCUGGAAAUGCGUUUCCGAGAAUCCUCAAAUACGACUACCUGCAUAUACCUUCAUUUUGUCUCAUUUUGAUCGGAAGCUGUCAAUAGAAGAUCAGCUAGAAAUUUUGGGACAAAAUGUAGAUCUUAUGAUCCAUUCCAUGUGUGCUUCAUUAGAAGACAGCAGUGUUUUAGUUCAACGAAGCGCUCUAGAAUUUUUGUUAGCAGCCUUUCCACUUCAUGGAUCACACUUGCUGAAGCCUGAUGUUGUACAUCUGCUUGCGGCUGCCAUCACUACAUUACUGAGAAGAGACAUGUCCCUAAAUAGACGACUUUUCUCGUGGCUUUUGGGUAGCGAACCACAGCUUUUGAGUGCUGAUGAUUCGCUAGGGAAGGUUGCUAGUGAUGAUACAAGUGAAUCUAAUAUAAAUUCAUACUUUCAGCGUCAUUCCAAGGACCUUUUGGUUGAGGCUCUCCAGUUGAUUUUGAAGAAUAGUGUAAUAGCCAAGCCACCGGAUAUGAGACCUUACCGCGUUUUGAUAUCUCUGCUUGAUAAACCUGAAAUAGGCCCCAUCAUUUUGGAUGAUAUUCUGAUCGAUGUCUUUCGGUCUCUGUACUUCUCCAGCAAUGAUCAAUCCACCAAGAAUAACACCAAAUUAAAGAAAGCGGCUCAGCACGACGAUCUUGUCAAAACAGCCAAUUUAUUAUUUGGAACAUUAGAAGAAUCAUAUAUUUGGUCUUACACUGGUCGUCUCUUGCAAAAAAGCAGUUGCAUAGACACGGCGAGCAAAGAUGUCCAGCAAGUGGGUCAAGGCCCACCACAUUUUUUGGAAAUGUGCAAACUUUCCGCUUUCUUGCUGGAACUUCUUUCAGUAGAAACCAGCAGUGAUACGCAAGUUGAGCAUUUACCUUCUCUACUUGUACAAACGGCUGAUCUGUUGCAUGCUUCCUUCGGCGCUAUGAGUGCGGUGUCGGUUUUAGCCGGAAUCAAACUCUGCCUCACGUUGUUGAAGAAAAUUCUCCCUGCUCACGAAGGAGCGGAAGAAAUUGCCGGCUCUUGGAGCAGUCCGUCAGAAGGCGAAGAAGCCAUCGAAUCGAGUUCAGGAGAGUUUCACAGUCCUCCCAGUAGUCCAGCGCUAAUAUCGUCUUCUCAGCACCAGAAACAGUUGCUAGAACAUGCAGUAGUGGCAAUUCAACAACUCCUUGCCAAGCUCCUCAAUCCAGGCAUAUUUAUAUCAGAUAGAACAACGUUAUUGGAGCAAGCAGUUAAAAUGCUUCCUGUCAAAACUGCCAAUCGUACUCCAUCACUUGAAGAGAUGCUGGAAGAGUGCGCAAACCCCAGCAGUGGCGGUUGCGUGACCGACGGAAAAUCAUUGAAUUGUAUUCAAGAGAUGUACGAAUUAGACCUGCCGAAGGAAUUGAAGCUGGCGGACACCGAACAAUUGACCCAGUUGCUACCGGUGUUCACACAAUGCUGUGCUCUUCUGAAAGAACUUUCGGCUUUCCCAACGUAUUGUGCUGCAGCCAUGGCUUCUCAUCAAGUGAUAUCAAGCAAUCAAGAGUGGGAAACGUUACCCGAUUGGCUGCAGCUUCUUUGCUUGGCCAGCUGUUGUCUUACCAAUUUAACAUCUUGGUCAAAUCAAAUAUAUUUGACUAGUGCCGCCACAUUGCUCGAUUUGACAGCAUUGACCUCUUCCAUUAUUCCUGCUGCCUAUUGGAAACCGGAACAGGCCACCCAUUUUCAAAACGGAGAUGCCCCUUCUGAUAUGUUUACUGUCGUAUUGCUUCCAGUUAUUACACCCACCCAACUGUUGACUCUGCUCAAUAAAAGUUGCGUAUUCCAACGAAUUGCCCAGGGGUUAUGGGAAGGAAUAGGGCCACCAUUCGAGUUUCAACAGUGUGCCGAGUUAAUUCACCAGCUCCAUACGCUUGCUCCUCCUAUUCUGAGCCAUGUAGCCGAAGAUGUCAUUCUAUCGAGUCUUAGUCAACAAAUGCAACGAAACGAGAGCUGUUCGCCUGCCGUGGAGAAAUUCGCUAUUCUUUGGCACUUGGGACGAGACCUGGAACCUUCGAAAUGGGGAUCUCGACGACUCAAGACCUUUGACCGUUGCUUGCAAUUGCUUCUUGAUUGGUUGUCGCUAGAUCCACCUAGUCCACAAAGAACGGCUGCCGAAGGAUGGUUCAUCCAGGCUUUGUUGCGAAAUGAUCUCAGUCGGAUACUGGAUCCUCUACUUCUGAAGCUGCUCAAACCUCAUUCGGCUCGUGUUAGCAUUCGCCACGUCACGUUUCAGCCUACCAGCCAGGAAAACGAGAAACAGCAGGCGGACCGCGAAGAUAAUAUUUAUGCCAUCAGCUCAGUGAACGGCCAUGUCAUUUAUCACGUUACACCAAGCCGAACUAAAUCCAGGCCUUUCAAUCCAAGCCGGUCCGUUUUGACGCUUGGCCUCGGCGCAGACGGCCGAGCUCCAGAGUCUUUCGUCGACCGUCAAGUCGUGUUCCCUUGGCAACUUCCGCAACACCAAAUCAUGGAACAGACCGUUGGCCUCUUUGUGAAUCCAUUUUCAGAAGAUUUAUUUCACGUUCCGGGCACGCUGAAUGCUGCAACAUCUCCUACCGCGAGUUCUGAACGAGAAGCCCCCAAAGAACCUGAAUCCACGGUAGUAGUCAAGUCUUUGCUUGAUGAACUCAUUGAAACGGUCGUCAAUAAAGCGGUGGCCGCCGCUGCUGCUGCCCGUUUCAAGCGGAAAGAAACCACCGCAGUCACGACGGAGAAACUGGCAGAUAUUCAUCCGCUCCACAAUCAUAUCCUGUUGUAUUGCCAAGUUAGUGAUGCCCAGCAAACGCUUCACGUUCUUCGAACCCUGCGUAGCCAACUACAGUUGCAGCCUCGCUUGUUAUUGUUGAGUCUCUCCUCAACCGGAAUCGCUUCUUCUCGCUCGCCUCACUCCGGUCUGCUGCAGGAACUUUUGGCCCGGCAUCGCAAGUGUCUUUUCGGCAACGGCUUCCAAGGUGAAGUGUCUGGUGAUUGGAUGGCCCCACAUCGCAGCAGCAUGUAUCUGGAAAUCCUGUUGCAAUUACUGCUCUACCACCUUAGAACGUACUAUUCUUCCCUUGGAAUGAGUAGUUUAACCAGACAAGAAAUCAUAUCCAAUCGCCAAGUCCAAUUGGCUUGCGUUCAACUCCUCACCAUGUUUCUUAAUGAACUGCUCCCGUUGGUGCGAGAUUUAGGGAAAGGAUUUUCAUCCUUCAUUUCGGACGUUUUGACGCGCUGUCGAGUCCAAAAGGUGGCUUUGCAUUCAGUUUUGGCCAUGUUGCAUGUUGUUACAUUAGACCACAGCAAGCCAGUCAAGAAGAGAAACGGAAAUCAAAAUUUUCUACCAACUUUGACUGAAGAAAUCGUCCUUUUUAACGAGGAAGAUGAAAAAUCGGGUAGUAGCUAUUCUGAAGCUACUCUAAUAUCUCUUGUUAAGCUUUUGUUGUCCAUAAUGGCCAUUGAAGAUCAGCUAUUCAAGCAGAAUGGUCCCAGCGACUUGCCGAAUGGUAAUUUUGCUGCAGCUUCACCUCCUGCCGCCGUUCCUGGAGUUUAUCAACGAGGCGUUCCAGUUCACUCACAGCCCCUUUUCACAACUGCUAUUCUCACUGCUCUAAAACAGAAAUCGUCUCGCUGGUUGCAUACGGAAUUCACUCGGUUAUUAGUUUCUAGUUUGCCGCUGAUGGGCCGCUCUUUGCCCGCUUUGUUGAAUGCCGUCGUCCCACAAGUCUGCCUCAAUUUGGAGUCGUUAGCAUCGUCCACGUCUCAGCAACCGAAUUGCCCACCCGAUUACCUGAUUACCGAAUUGGAAGCCCUGACAGCUCUGUGUCACUUUGCUUUGGUUGACUCACCCCACAGUGCUGGAGCGCCGACUCUUGCUGGAUCAGCCGGAAUGCUAGGCGGCAUGAGCUGGGGAGUGUCGAGUGCUUACGCAAUUGGAACUCUCCCCAAUCCCAAUGGUCAGAUCUUACACAACUUGAUGCACGCUUUUACUCCUAGCGGCGUCAGCGCCAUCCUCAACAACGAAAACUCUUCCAACGGCGGAGACCCAUACACAGUGGCCAGAAGGCAGAUGCUUUCUAAUUUACCACGAAUUCUCGUUUGCAUCGGUUAUCUGUGGCAAGAAUCGUCUACCGACAGGUCAACUGGUAAAGUGCAGCGCCAAAAGCUGCUGGAAUUUGUCAGUCCCAUCGGCCAUCAUCAUGGAGUCAGUUUGCUAGCCGCCGUCAGUGUGGCUUGGGUAGAGAAGCGGAAGGACUUUAUUCCCGGCAAUGGCAAAGUAAGAAAAAUAAUUCCCGAAUGUGGAGCUGAGCAACUCGCUCUCGUAGACCUCAUUUCAUCAGUUCGAGUUCUUCCGCCGGACACACUGGUCCAGCUACUCCGUCAAGUUCUCAAACAGCCUCUUCAGAUGCAGCUACAGAACCGCAGUUCCCGAUUGGAAGUAGGAUUGCUUCACUUUUUCCAUGCGUAUUUGCAAAAGAUCAACCGAGUCCAACUUGGCGAAUGCUGGGGUUCACUUCUCCAGCUGCUCAGAGAAAUCACUACCAUGGCUCCACCCAUCCUAUUUGCUGGCCUUGUCGUCUUCGGAGAAGCUGUCCAACGUUACCAAACACCUGGAGAAAAACGUGAUCAACGUGAAUUGCAAGAAGUCACUGGAAAGCUCUUGGAAGCGUGUGGGGCCGUUGCGGCAGCAUGUCUCGAACAGACAACAUGGCUCCGGCGGAACCUCUCGGUUCGCCGUGACACUUUGUCCGUGGCUCCUGUCACUGAGUGCGAUGAUGCCGCCAUCCUGGAUGAAUUGAGCAGCUCCUCAAGCGACACGUCUUCCGUUCAUGCAUCGGCGACUGAGGAUGCUGCCGUGGUGGUGAAUCCCAGUAGUAAUAAUAAAACAUCGCGAUACAGCAUUCAAGCUUUAGCCGUACUGGCUGAACUGCUGGCCCCGCUGCAAGAUCUUAUUUUCCCUAGUCAAGACAAAGAACGAGUUAUCCCACUACUAACGACACUCUUAGCUAACGUUGUUCCCUAUCUACGACACCACAGCCAGUCAAAUGUCCUUGGCAUGAGAGCUGCUUCUCUUUUACUUAGUUCGCUCAGCGAUUACCCUGCUACGCGGCGUGCUUGGCGCAAAGAUGCUUUCGAUCUCUUGUUGGAUCCGACUUUCUUCAUGAUGGACAUUGAGACCCUGCGUCAUUGGAAAAAUAUCAUCGACAAUCUCAUGUGUCAUGACAAGGACGCUUUUCGUGAAUUUCUCAAUCGUGUAUCGGUGAGUCCAUCAGGAAUUUUCAGUUCUCGAGAGCUGGAAAUGGAAAUGCGAACACUGCUUCUCAAGAGACUUGCAUUUACGUUGUUUUGCACUGAUGGAGAUCAGUAUCAGCGGUUCUUACCGGAUAUUCAAGAAAAAUUGUCUGAAAGCCUUAGACUUGCCCAGUCUUGGCCAAGUGUUCAGGCCCAAGUUUUCAUGUGUUUCCGUGUUCUAUUGUUGAGAACAUCUCAACAGCACGUGACUUCCCUUUGGCCAUCAGUGAUUGCCGAAACCGUUCAAGUUCUUUCACAGUUGGAACAUGAACUUCGCCGAGACACAGAGGAGUUUAGAAACUGGAACAGUUCGCAGAUUCGUAGACUGAGUGCCCUGGACUCUGCAUGGGUAACCAGCACCACCAACGGUCUGCAGGGACACGCUCACCCGGCGUGGUUACACCUCUACUUGGCCACCUGUAAACUUCUACACCUAGCUUUAAUUCUUCCAGCCACUCGGCUUCCUCAAUUUCAGAUGUAUCGCUGGGCUUUUGUCGGAGAUGACAGCACAUGCGACGGUGACAUUAGUAGCAGUAGUCGCAGUAUUCAACAGCAGGUCACACCCAAUUUCGUCCCAUAUCUCACUCGGAUCUAUCGUUUACUUCGCAAUAAGGUGGAAAUUUCAAAAACGUCUCUUCCAGCUAACAUCUCUUUAGAUGAUAUGGCCAUGCCGUCUGCCUGUGCCAUUAAAAGCUUGAUGGAUCUUCUGCCUUUCUUUCACGCCAUUGAGCAGCGUUGUCCGCGCGCCCGACCAAACGAAGACCACAUCGUUUCUUCCAUGGAGACUAUGUUGGAGCGUGACUUCCUGGAACCUAUUCCUCUUUGAACGUGAUGAAACCUUCAUUCUGAAACUAGUCUGCACCCCGUUCCCUUUUCUACGUCGGUUAUAGAAAAAAUUUCGUUAGAUUAGUUGUGCACGAUCGCUUGUUAUUUAUAACUUUCGGAUUCUUGAUGGAGCAUUCUGCCCUCAAAUUUAACCCGUCCAAGGUCGUUCGAGGAGUGCCUUUCUCUAAUUAUGUCUUUUUAACUGCAUGUACCAAUUCUUCUAUUAGAGCUGUUUGUUUUUCUAGUUUUAAGUUCCGUUUUACACUGGCUGAAAAAUAAUAUUCACCAUUUUUCUAUAAAUUGGUUUGUCGUA